AUGAUUUUAGAAAGACAAAUAGAAUUAUUUUUUAUUCCCUUGGUUGAUGCAAGUGUCGCUAGAGCUGAGGGUUUUCAGUUGGCCAAAUGUCUCUCUGUUUUUGAUCUCAUCGCCAUUGGAUUUGGAGAAACAAUUGGAGCUGGAGUUUACAUUCUUGUUGCAACAGUUGCUAAAGAGAAAACAGGGCCUGCAAUCACAGUAUCAUUCCUCAUAGCCGGAAUAGCAGGGAGUGCGUAUCACUAUUCUUACUUAUAUGUUGGAGAAGGUGUUGCUUGGUUGAUUGGUUGGUCCCUGAUUCUUGAAUACACACUUGGUGGAGCAGCAGUAGCCCGUGGCAUAUCCACAAAUACGGCUGUGUUUUUUGGAGGUCCAGAUAAGCUUUCUGCUUUCUUAACUCGACCCACCAUUCUUGGAAUUGUAGUUGAUCCUUGUGCUGCUGUUUUAGUCUUCAUUAUAACUGGACUACUCUGCACCGGAAUCAAAGAGAGUUCAUUGGCUCAAGGCAUAAUCACAACAAUAAACGUUGUAGCCUUGCUUUUCAUCAUAGUAGUUGGUGGAUAG